GGCGGCGCCGGCAGGUUGGCGGCGGCCGGUAUUUGAGCGCCGGUCCCGGGCCGGGCGCUCAGAGCACUUCGAGUCAGCGCGGCGGUGAGAUCGCGGCGCGCCGCCCGCAGAGGCGCUGCGGCCCGUGCAGCCCCGGAGGCCCCGCGCGAAGGAGGCGGAGGAGGCGGAGAGGCCGGAUUGCCGCCCGCCGCCCGCGCCCCCCCACCCCGCCGCCGCCGCCCCCCCUCCCCGCGGCGCCGCAUCUUGAAUGGAAACAUGGCGGUGCCGGCUCGGACCUGCGGCGCCUCUCGGCCCGGCCCGGCGCCGACUGCGCUCCCCUGGCCCGGCCGCGGUCCCCGGCCCGGCCCCGGCGCCCGGCGCCCGCCGUCCGGGCCCCCGCGCCCGCUGUUGCUGCUGUUGCCGCCGCUGCUGCUGCUACCGCUGCUCGCCGCCCCCGGCGCCUCUGCCUACAGCUUCCCCCAGCAGCACACGAUGCAGCACUGGGCCCGGCGCCUGGAACAAGAGAUCGAUGGCGUGAUGCGGAUCUUUGGGGGUGUCCAACAGCUCCGUGAGAUCUACAAGGACAACCGGAAUCUGUUUGAGGUGCAGGAGAAUGAGCCUCAGAAGUUGGUGGAAAAGGUGGCAGGAGACAUUGAGAGCCUGUUGGACAGGAAGGUGCAGGCCCUGAAGAGAUUGGCCGACGCCGCAGAGAGCUUCCAGAAAGCCCACCGCUGGCAGGACAACAUCAAGGAGGAAGAUAUCCUGUACUAUGAUGCCAAGGCCGACGCUGAGCUGGAUGACCCUGAGAGUGAGGAUGUGGAGAGGGGGUCCAAGGUCAGCACCCUCAGGCUGGACUUCGUUGAGGACUCAAACUUCAAGAACAAAGUCAACUAUUCGUACACGGCCGUGCAGAUCCCCACGGACAUCUACAAAGGCUCCACUGUCAUCCUUAAUGAACUCAACUGGACAGAGGCCCUGGAGAAUGUGUUCAUCGAGAAUCGCAGGCAGGACCCCACGCUGCUGUGGCAGGUCUUCGGAAGUGCCACGGGUGUCACUCGCUACUACCCCGCCACCCCCUGGCGAGCCCCCAAGAAAAUCGACCUGUACGAUGUCCGAAGGAGACCCUGGUACAUCCAGGGGGCCUCGUCGCCCAAGGACAUGGUCAUCAUUGUGGAUGUGAGCGGCAGCGUGAGUGGCCUGACCCUGAAGCUGAUGAAGACGUCCGUCUGUGAGAUGCUGGACACGCUCUCGGAUGACGACUAUGUGAACGUGGCCUCAUUCAACGAAAAGGCACAGCCUGUGUCAUGCUUCACACACCUGGUGCAGGCCAAUGUGCGUAACAAGAAGGUGUUCAAGGAGGCCGUGCAGGGCAUGGUGGCCAAGGGCACCACAGGCUACAAGGCCGGCUUUGAGUACGCCUUCGACCAGCUGCAGAACUCCAACAUAACCCGUGCCAACUGCAAUAAGAUGAUCAUGAUGUUCACGGAUGGCGGUGAGGACCGCGUGCAGGAUGUCUUUGAGAAGUACAACUGGCCCAACCGGACGGUGCGCGUGUUCACUUUCUCCGUGGGGCAACACAACUACGAUGUCACACCCCUGCAGUGGAUGGCCUGUGCCAACAAAGGUUACUAUUUUGAGAUCCCUUCCAUUGGAGCCAUCCGCAUUAACACGCAGGAAUAUUUGGAUGUAUUGGGCAGGCCCAUGGUGCUGGCGGGCAAGGAAGCCAAGCAGGUGCAAUGGACCAACGUGUAUGAGGAUGCUCUGGGGCUGGGGUUGGUGGUGACAGGGACCCUCCCUGUUUUCAACCUGACACAGGAUGGCCCUGGGGAGAAAAAGAACCAGUUGAUCCUGGGUGUGAUGGGCAUCGAUGUGGCUCUGAAUGACAUCAAGAGGCUGACUCCAAACUACACGCUUGGAGCCAACGGCUACGUGUUUGCCAUUGACCUGAACGGCUACGUGUUGCUGCACCCCAACCUCAAGCCCCAGACCACCAACUUCCGGGAGCCAGUGACUCUGGACUUCCUGGAUGCUGAGCUGGAGGAUGAGAACAAGGAGGAGAUCCGUCGGAGCAUGAUCGAUGGCAACAAGGGCCACAAGCAGAUCAGAACAUUGGUCAAGUCCCUGGACGAGAGGUACGUAGAUGAGGUGGUGCGGAACUACACCUGGGUGCCCAUAAGGAGCACCAACUACAGCCUAGGGCUUGUGCUCCCGCCCUACAGCACCUUCUACCUCCAAGCCAACCUCAGCGACCAGAUCCUGCAGGUCAAGUUGCCAAUCAGCAAACUGAAGGAUUUUGAGUUCCUGCUCCCCAGCAGCUUUGAGUCUGAAGGACAUGUUUUCAUUGCUCCCAGAGAGUAUUGCAAGGACCUGAAUGCCUCAGACAACAACACCGAGUUCCUGAAAAACUUCAUUGAACUCAUGGAGAAAGUGACUCCAGACUCCAAGCAGUGCAACAACUUCCUUCUGCACAACCUGAUCUUGGACACAGGCAUCACACAGCAGCUGGUGGAGCGCACAUGGCGGGACCAGGACCUCAACACGUACAGCCUUCUGGCCGUGUUUGCUGCCACCGACGGCGGCAUCACCCGUGUAUUCCCAAACAAAGCAGCUGAGGACUGGACGGAGAACCCGGAGCCCUUCAAUGCCAGCUUCUACCGCCGUAGCCUGGAUAACCACGGCUAUGUCUUCAAACCCCCACACCAGGAUGCCCUGUUAAGGCCACUGGAGCUGGAGAAUGACACGGUGGGCAUCCUCGUCAGCACGGCUGUGGAGCUAAGCCUGGGCGGACGCACACUGAGGCCAGCAGUGGUAGGUGUUAAACUAGACCUAGAAGCCUGGGCUGAGAAGUUCAAGGUGCUAGCCAGCAACCGUACCCACCAGGACCAGCCUCAGAAGCAGUGUGGCCCCAACAGCCACUGUGAGAUGGACUGCGAAGUUAACAAUGAGGACCUUCUCUGUGUCCUCAUUGACGAUGGGGGAUUCCUGGUGCUGUCAAACCAGAAUCAUCAGUGGGACCAGGUGGGCAGGUUCUUCAGUGAGGUGGAUGCCAACCUGAUGCUGGCACUCUACAAUAACUCCUUCUACACCCGCAAAGAGUCCUACGACUAUCAGGCAGCCUGUGCCCCCCAGCCGCCGGGCAACCUGGGUGCUGCACCCCGGGGCGUCUUUGUGCCCACCAUUGCAGACUUCCUUAACCUGGCCUGGUGGACUUCGGCUGCCGCCUGGUCCUUGUUCCAGCAGCUUCUGUACGGCCUCAUCUAUCAUAGCUGGUUCCAGGCAGACCCCGCGGAGGCCGAGGGGAGCCCCGAGGCGCGCGAGAGCAGCUGCGUCAUGAAACAGACCCAGUACUACUUCGGGUCGGUGAACGCCUCCUACAACGCCAUCAUCGACUGCGGAAACUGCUCCAGGCUGUUCCACGCGCAGAGACUGACCAACACCAACCUUCUAUUCGUGGUGGCCGAGAAGCCGCUGUGCAGCCAGUGUGAGGCUGGCCGGUUGCUGCAGAAGGAGACACACUGCCCAGCGGACGGCCCGGAGCAGUGUGAACUGGUGCAGAGACCGCGAUACCGGAGAGGCCCGCACAUCUGCUUUGACUACAACGCGACGGAAGAUACCUCAGACUGUGGCCGCGGAGCUUCCUUCCCGCCGUCGCUGGGCGUCCUGGUCUCCCUGCAGCUGCUGCUCCUCCUGGGCCUGCCCCCCCGGCCGCAGCCCCAAGUCCACGCCCACGCCUCGCGCCGCGUCUGAGCGCCCCCCCACCUCUCCCCAGGCCUCCCCGCCUCUCCCCUGCUCCCCUGUCCCAUACACCCCGCCUUAGAGCCUCGCCUCCUCCCUCACUGAAGGACCUGAGCGGCCAGGCCCAAGAGUCUGAGCCUUGGAGUGGGGGGGUCCCAAAGGAGGGUGCCGCAGGUCUUUGGCCCCCAAGCCACAUCUCGCCGCUGAACUGUCAGAGUGACCCCAGACCCCUUAUUCCCACCAGACUCACCCACCCCUGAGGGCUGGGACAGGGAAGCCACCAUACUGGUGCCAAACCAGGCCUCCACUGCCCACCCUGCCCCAAGGCUCCCUUUGUGCAGGAGACCUAGGCCCUGCCCCAGCCGGACUCCUCUAACUUGGCCCUUAGGCCCCACCCAGGACCAAAUCUGGAUUCCCUGGGAAUAAUGAAGUUGAGAUGGGCAGUUUGAGGCCUGUGCAUCCCAGCUUAAGUCCUAGCAGGAGAGAAGUCCUGAGGCAGCCCCACAGUGGGCUCCUGCCCCUUUCAGGCCUACAGCCACCUCCCACCUUCCUCCAGCCCUGCAGGUGACAGGCCAGUGACAGUGACACUGGCUCAGACACAACCCCAUACACACCUGGAGCCCUGAGGGCAGAAACUGGACUCACAUUAGACACACCAAGGAGGACACACACACACACACACACACACACACACACACACACACACACACACACACACACACACACUGUGGGGUAGGGUGGGGGUGGGGGCUCACAAAGCCUUACACAGGGCAAGGGGUUGGUGGGAGGGUUGGCACAUGCACACUUCAUCUCCUGCUCACCACCCGCCUCUAAUCUGACCUGCAGCCCAGCUGGUCCUCUGUCUCUAAAGCUGAAUGUCAAACAGUGCCAAAUGCUGGGGCAGGGGGUGACAACCCCUCUGUCCCACCCUAGCCGCCAGUAUCCCGGAUAUGUCCCCCACCCCGCCAGGUGCUCACUGUAACCAUUUCGCACUAGUGUCAGGCCCCCAGCAGGACCACACGCCACUGCCUGCACCAGACGUUGCCCUUUGCCUUAGCCAGAGUGACAUGAUCACUUCUGGCUGGGCCAUCCCACCCCCAAUCUGGCCCUUACACACUCAGGCCUGUGCCCAUUCCCUGUUUCUUCACACUCACACUCUUUAUCUCUCUCUCUCUCACACACACACACACACACAUUCCCUGCCCCCAACGGGGGGGGGGGCAACCUGCCCCUCCCUGCUGAACACACAUUUGUACACGCAUACACACAUGUACACACUCUGUGCACACACAGAGGCUGGGCCCAGGCACAUGUCUUCACACCAUUCAUUCUGAUCAUUUCCCCCAAAGGCAUCCCAGCCUGGGGGCAAGUGGGGGACGGAGGGCAGGGGGACGUGGCCAUGAGGUUUAGAUGGACUGGGAGGAGGGGGGAGGGUGAUGCAUUAAUUAAUGGCUCCGUUAAUUAAUGUCAUGUUGCUUGUUGCUUUCUCAGUGUGUGUGUAUGGUCCGUGCCCACUGCUGGUGCCAGGGUGGGCACCCGUGCUGUACACCCAGCCUAGAUGCCAGCCAUGUCUUGCGGGGGCGUGUGUGUAACUGUAGUGUAGUCAGGUGCUCAAUGGAGAAUAUAAAAAUAAAAAAGAAUCAAACAUAUAUAGAAAAAUAUAUAUUUUAAGUUUAAGAAACAGGAAAACAGACAAACAAUCCCCAUCAGGUAGUUGUCUAACCCCCAGCUGGGUCUGAUCCUUCUCAUCACCCACCCGACCUGGCUGCCCCCUCACCUCGGGCUCGGGGGAUCUGUGGGGGACUGGGGGGCCAUUUCCUCUUCUCUGCCCUUUUUUUUUGGUUGUUGUUCUAUUUUGUACAGACAAGUCAGAAAAACAACAGUGACAAAAAAGUCAAGAAACUUUGUAAAAUAUCGUGUGUGUGAUUCCUUGUAAAAUAUUUUCAAAUGGUUUAUUACAGAAGAUCAGUUAUUAAAUAAUGUUCAUAUUUUCACUUCAAA